GCAAUAACUAUAGCCGUGAUUGGGCAGCACUGCGGCCGCUGGAGCGGAGCGGGCCCGGUGGCGGCGGGGAGUAGGCCGCGGCCUGCUGUGGGCGCCGGGCCUCACGUAUAGAGCCGCUCGGGGAGGCAGGGCGGCCCGGGCCGCGAGAGAGCUCCCUCCGCUAUGGCCGCCGCCACCUGGUGCUACCACGGGGACCCCGAGCCGGAGCAGCCGGCGGUGCUGGUGCAGUUCUCCAACGGCAGGGUGCGGCAGGCCGACUCCAUACGGUUCACCGUCUACCGAAACAAGGACACGGCCCAUCCCCGGAAGAAACACCGGAGGAUCCUGGUCUCGGAAACUGAAAGGCUUUCAUAUGUGGGGAAUAACUUCAGCAGCGAAGUUAGGAAAUGUAACUCCCUAUGCAGGUAUUUUGUCGGCGUGUUAGACAAGGACUCUGGGCAAAUGCAAGUCUAUAAUGCUGAAAUAUUCAGCCUGCAGCCCUUACUGUCAGAUAACUUAAUACCUGAUGACACAAAGGAUUAUCAGAAAAAAUCCUACAGGGAGAAGAUGGAUUUGUGCAUUGAGACCUUUGGUACCAGCAAGCAGAAACGAGCUCUGAACUCUCGGCGAAUGAAUGCAGUGGGCAAUGAUAUUCUGAAUACAGCUGUGACAGAAGCAGCAGCAAACAUAAUAGAUGCAAAGGGAGUAACAGCUUUGAUCCAGGAUAUGGCCCAAGAUGAUGUACAGAACAUCUCCAUCUUCCUCCCACCGUGUAAUGAAGAUGCUGACAAACCAGAAGAUGUUUACAAGUUUGAGGACAUUCUGUCCCCAGCAGAGUAUGAAGCGUUGCGGGUUCCAGCAGCGGUCUUUGUUAACAUCACUGCGGAAGAAAUCGCCAAGAAAACGGAAGAUAAAAGCCAUUGCUCCUUUGUUUUAGAGGAGCUGAAGUUCCUGCCUGCUGAUGAGAAGAGUAGAGAUCACAAAGCCCGCUGCCUCUGGUUCCUGGACACCCUUAUUAAGUUCAGCUACCUGAAAAUGAUCAAGAAGAAGCAUCCGAUGGGUCCUGAAUGCCCACACAUUAUUAGCAGGAAACUCAUGAAGAAUUUCACUUCACUGACCUACAACAAUGGCAGUGUCCAGAAUUUAAUCUCUGCGUCCAUGAAGGCUAAAAUCACAGCGUAUGUCAUUGCAUUGGCUCUGCACAUCAACAACUUCCAAACGGACCUCACUGUUCUGCAGAAUGACGUGAAGCUCAAAGAAAGCAGGAUGAUGGAUAUCGCAAAGGCCAUGCGGCUGAAGGUCUCCAAGGCAAAGGGGCUGCCAGGACUUGAGAACGAUCAGAACCACAAGCUGGGCACUCUCUCUCUCCCCUUGCCUGUGCAGAAGGCAUCAGGGAACCAACGGAAGCGCAAGAAAAUGAACUAAAAUGGCUCAGAGGUCUGAGCAGGGGCAAAGGAGUUCCUUUCUCAACUGCCACUCUGCACACAGACCAGCACGGGGAUGCUUCUCUCUGUCUGUUGGAUUUGGCUGUCUAACAUCAGCACGUGACCCUGUUGAAACCCUGUCUUGAGGCUGGCUUACAACAGAUGUUCACUCAUUAAACUGCUGCUUUUUUUGAUUUGUGUGAAAAAAGCUACAAUAAAACCUUUUUUUUUUUUU